CCGCUCGCAGCCGCCGCCGACUUGUGAAUGGGACCCGGACAGGGGCCGGGGCUGACACCGCUGCGCUCGCCCUGCGCCAGGGACCGACGGCCCGCAUCCCGCGCCCACCCUCCGGGGCCCCAGAAAUUACUGUAUAUUCGGCUCAGAGGUCUCCUGAGGAUCCUUCUGGUUGCCAUUUGUUGAAUGACCAAUCAGAUGGGUGGAGUUUUGUGUUACAGAAACUGGCAGCAAGUAUCCAAUGGGUGAAGAAGAGGCCGACCGGGGACGUGGGCAGCCCUGACGUGAUGUGCUCGGCGGGGAGAGACCUUCCAGCCGGAGCGGGGUCUGCGUGACGCGUCUGGGGAGGCCGCCAUCCGCCAGGCAGCCGCACGGUCGGCGGACGGGGUGACAGCCACAUUCUCCUGUGCCUACCACGUAACCAAAAAUGAAGGAGAACUACUGUUUACAAGCCGCCCUGGUGUGCCUGGGCAUGCUGUGCCACAGCCAGGCCUUCGCCACGGACCGGAGGAGCCACCUGCGACCCUCGUUCCACGGGCACCACGAGAAGGGCAAGGAGGGCCAGGUGUUGCAGCGCUCCAAGAGGGGCUGGGUCUGGAACCAGUUCUUCGUGAUCGAGGAGUACACGGGGCCCGACCCCGUGCUCGUGGGCAGGCUUCAUUCCGAUAUUGACUCUGGUGAUGGGAACAUUAAAUACAUUCUCUCAGGUGAAGGAGCCGGAACCAUUUUUGUGAUUGAUGACAAAUCAGGGAACAUUCACGCCACCAAGACAUUGGACCGAGAGGAGAGAGCCCAGUACACGCUGAUGGCUCAGGCGGUGGACAGGGACACCAACCGGCCCCUGGAGCCACCGUCGGAAUUCAUUGUCAAGGUCCAGGACAUUAAUGACAACCCUCCUGAGUUCUUACAUGAGACCUAUCAUGCCAACGUGCCCGAGAGGUCCAACGUGGGAACGUCAGUGAUCCAGGUGACAGCUUCAGAUGCAGAUGACCCCACCUAUGGAAACAGUGCCAAGUUAGUGUACAGCAUCCUGGAAGGACAACCCUACUUUUCAGUAGAAGCACAAACAGGUAUCAUCAGAACGGCCCUUCCCAACAUGGAUAGGGAAGCCAAGGAGGAGUACCAUGUGGUGAUCCAGGCCAAGGACAUGGGUGGACACAUGGGUGGACUCUCAGGGACAACCAAAGUGACGAUCACACUGACCGAUGUCAACGACAACCCACCAAAGUUUCCGCAGAGCGUAUACCAGAUGUCUGUGUCAGAAGCAGCUGUCCCAGGGGAGGAAGUGGGAAGAGUGAAGGCUAAAGAUCCAGACAUUGGAGAAAAUGGCUUAGUUACGUACAAUAUUGUUGAUGGAGAUGGGAUGGAAUUGUUUGAAAUCACAACGGACUAUGAAACACAGGAGGGCGUGGUGAAACUGAAAAAGCCUGUAGACUUUGAAAUCAAAAGAGCAUACAACUUGAAGGUAGAGGCAGCCAAUGUGCACAUUGACCCGAAGUUCAUCAGCAACGGGCCUUUCAAGGACACCGUGACAGUCAAGAUUGCAGUCGAAGAUGCCGACGAGCCCCCUAUGUUCUUGGCCCCAAGUUACAUCCAUGAAGUGCAAGAAAAUGCAGCCCCUGGCACUGUGGUGGGGAGAGUGCAUGCCAAAGACCCUGAUGCUGCCAACAGCCCGAUAAGGUAUUCAAUCGAUCGUCACACUGACCUGGACAGGUUUUUCACUAUUAAUCCAGAGGAUGGUUUUAUUAAAACUACAAAACCUUUGGAUAGAGAAGAAACUGCCUGGCUCAACAUCUCAGUUUUUGCAGCAGAAAUCCACAACCGGCAUCAGGAAGCCAAAGUCCCUGUGGCCAUUAGGGUCCUUGACAUUAAUGACAAUGCUCCCAAGUUUGCUGCCCCUUAUGAAGGCUUCAUCUGUGAGAGUGACCAGACCAAGCCACAUUCCAACCAGCCAAUUGUUACAAUUAGUGCAGAUGACAAGGAUGACACAGCCAAUGGACCAAGAUUUAUCUUCAGUCUACCCCCUGAAAUCAUUCACAAUCCAAAUUUCACAGUCAGAGACAACAGAGCACGGGAGCUUCAAAGACAACUCAGCAGGCAGCUGGGAAGUAGAACACUGGUAACUCUUCGACAUCUGAGUUCAUCUUUGGCUAUUAAUAUCAAGAGUGGUGCCGUUUGGGGAGAUGAAGAGCCGAUCCACCCAGGCUUUGAGAUGCAUUUAGUUUGAAAAUACUAGACUUAUGGCAUCUUUUAAAAUCAUGAGGAACAUGUAAUGAAUAAGAAAAGCACAAAGAAAAAAAAAUACUGAGAAUCGCACCUCUCGUAUAUGUAGCUCUGCAUUGGUUUUAAAGCUUUCUAAUCGCCCUUGUUGCACUUAAUUCCUAAGCAGCCCCAGAAAGUAGGCAUUUUGGAUAUUUUUGUCCCCAUUUCCUAGAUGAGGAAGGAAUAUGAAAAGUCAGAAGAUUCAGAGACUUACCUAAGGUCACCCUGCCAAUAAAUAAAUUGACCUAGAACGCUUGUGUGUUUCCUGGGUUCUGUCAGGUGUAGGAAUACUGUAUAUUAUUAAUAUAGAGCUUGUGUCUUUUCUAAUUUCUGAUUUUGGAAUUAUUACUUAAAAACUCUUUGUUAACCCCAUAAUCAAAUAACAAUAGUAUUUAGAAGAGAAAAAGAUCUAAAAUUCAAUUCAUCAAUCUAGGAUUCCAGGAAAGUAUGAAGAGAAAAGGACAAACUGUAAUUUUAAUCAGCCAUGGAAAUUAUAGUAAAAUAUAUUUGUGAAGGACAAAUUUUAUAAUUUUAUUCUACUGCAUAAUUAAUACAUAUUCCUUGUAGGAAAAUUAGAAAAUACAAAUAAGCAGAAAUAAACUUAGAAAUAAUAAAAUAACUUGGUAAUAUACAAUCUAAAAAUAAUCACUGCUAAUUUUUAUAGCCUUCUAGCUGUUUUCUUGGCAUAUAUUUUGAUCUUUAAAAAAAGGCAACCAUAAAAUAAUGUUCUCUUUUUUCCCUACAUAAUAAUACAUGAUGUGCAUUUUUUAGCAUCAUUAUACUUAUGUCAACAUUUUUUUCCAAAAUAACCCCCUGACUUCAUUAUAAGGGUAUAUGGUAUCAGUUGACUAUUGUUGGUUAAGCACAUUCUUUUCACACACUUUUGUUGUUCAGUCACUCAGUCCUGUCCGACUCUUUGUGACCCCAUGGACUGCAGCAUGCCAGGCCUCCCUGUCUUUCACCAUCUCCUGGAGUUAGCUCAGACUCAUGUCCAUUGAGAUGUCAUCCAACCAUCUCACCCUCUGUCAAAGUGAUGUCUUUGCUUUAUAAUAUGCUGUCUAAGUUUGUCAUUUGUCAUAGCUUUCCUUCCAAGGAGCAAGUGUCUUUUAAUUUCAUGACUGCAGUUAUCCUCCACAGUGAUUUUGGAGCCCAAGAAAAGAAAAUCUGUCACUGUUUCCACUUUUUCCACUUCUGUUUGCCAUGAAGUGUUGGGAUCAGAUGCUGUGCCAGCUUUUUCACUGUCCUCUUUCACCCUCAUCAAGAGGCUCUUUAGUUCCUCUUCACUUUCUGACAUUAGAGUGGCAUCAUCUGAGGUUGUUGAUAUUUCUCCCAGCAAUCUUGACUCCAGCUUGUGCUUGACCCAGCCUGGCAUUUCACAUGAGGUACUCUUCAUAUAAAUUAAGUGAGCAGCGUGACAAUAUACAGCCUUAUCUCACUCCUCUCCCAGUUUUGAACCAAUCUGUUGUUCCAUGUCCAGUUCUAACCGUUGCUUCUUGACCUGCAUACAGGUUUCAGAGGAGGCAAGCAAGGUGGUCUGAUAUUCCCAUCUCUUUAAUAAUUUUCCACAGUUUGUUGUGAUCCACACAGUCAAAGACUUUCACAUAGUCAAUGAAACAGAAGUAGAUGUUUUUCUGGAAUUCCCUUGCUUUCUCCAUGAUUCAGGGAAUAUUGGCAAUUUGGUGUCUGGUUCCUUUGCCUUUUCUAAACCCAGCUUGUACAUCUGGAAGUUCUUGGUUCACGUACUGCUGAAGCUCUGCAUAAAGAAUUUUGAGCUAUCCUUGAUAGCAUGUCUUAUCAUACCUACUGCAUAAUUUCCCCACUGUUUCAAUGUCCUUUCAGUCCUGUUUAUGCUGUGUUUUAAAGUAAAGAAUUUUUUUUUUUCAUUUUAAUUUUUUCUUUAAGACCAAAAACAUUUUGUAUUGGGGUAUAGCCAAUUGACAAUGUUGUGACAGCUACAGGUGAACGAUGAAGAUUCAGCCAUACAUAUACAUGCAUCCAUUCUCCCCCAAACCCCGCUUCCAUCCAGGCUGGCACAUAAUAUUGAGCAGAGUUCCAUGUGCUACACAAUAGGUUUUUGUUGGCUAUCCAUUUUAAAUAUAGCAGUGUGUACAUGACCUUUCAUUUUUUGUGUAAUAUUAUUCUUAGCAAGAUUUUCCUCAUGAAAAAUUGACAUCAAUAUUCACUUAGCUUAUCUGCUUUCUUAUAUAUCACAUUUCCCAUUCCAACCUUUUAUCCCUAUGAGAUAAAUACACAAGCUCCCUUUGUUGGCCAUUUUUUAAUUAUCAUUUAAGAAAUAGUCAUUUCUAGUUUCUUUAUAACACCAUCCUUAUUUUCACCUGCAUUACAUACUCCUAGAUUUUAUGGACUAUCAACAUUUCCUAUUCUAUUUACUCUCAUGAGAGCAUCAUAUUUUUCAUGAGUGAUUUCACACAUAUUAUGUUAAAAUCUGACAAGUAUUUUGUCCACAUUGUUUUCCUUUUAUUACUCUUUCUUAGAUUUUGGUUUCUUUGUUCCUCCAGAUAUAAUUUAGAAUUUUUUUAGGUACUCGAUAAGUAUCUUCAUGAAUUUUAUUCGGUUGCCUUAAAUUUACAGAUUAAUUUAAAAACUAACAAUUUUAAAAUAUUCUUCCUAUCCAGAAGCAUGAUCUGAGUUCCCAUUGAAUCUGUUCUCUUUUUAAUUACCAUCAGGGAUAUUUUAUAGUUUUCUUCAUUUUUGUUCUUCAUAUUUCUUAUUAAGAUAAUGAAUAGCUACUUUAUAUUUUGGAUGCUGUCCUAGGAUAGAUUUUUUAAAUUAUGUAUUAUUUUCUAAGUGACAAUUUUUAGUAUAAACUAUAGCUAUUUUACUUAGUUCAUUUAUUAUUGGACACUGAGAAGUUAUUAAUAUAACUUCUCAGCUAUUUUCCUAGGUUUUCUAGGGAGACAACUACAUAAAAAUUAAAUAAUGACAAUUUGCUUCAUCUUUUUUAAAAAAAAUUGGGGUUUUUUGACAAACUGCAUAGAUUUGUGCUUUAUGUGCUAAACAAUAGCAAUAAUAAUGGCUUUACUUACUAAUUUAAUGGGGAUAUUAUUUCUAGAGUUUUAUUGUUAAGCAUAAUAUUGAUUGUUAUAUUAAAAUUAAGAUUUGUGUUGUGUGUGUGUAUUUUAGGAAGUUUCCUCUCCAUUUUAAUUUUAUUUUAAAAAACAGAUGUUCAGUUUUUAGCACAAUUUUUGGAUACUAAUAAUAAGACAGUAUGGUUUUGACCACUGACCUAAUUGAUACUUUAAAUUGAAAUAUCCUGAUUUUGAACUUCACAUUUCUAAUUUCCAAACCUCUAUUCCAAAUAAUGAUGAAAUGCAAAGAGCAAGGGUUAAAGAUUAAAUGUUGGCUGUAGCAGUGAGUGAGACAUAGUCCCAUGUAUCAGGAAAUUCCUGAAAGCACAUGCAGCAAAAUUAGCUCUUUUGUGAAAGCACAGGUGAUUUCGAUAGUGACUGUUCCUGACCUACCUGCAGAGGAGCUGUAACUAUCACGGUGGCCUCCAAACAGGCUGUCUGACCCUAGUCUUGCCCCCACUUAACUUAACUUGCCCCCACUGAUAAUGUCUUUCUUUUUAGAAUUCUCCUAUGACUCUCCAUUUCCUAUGGCUUUAACUGAAACUUUAUAGCCUAGUGAGCAAGAAAUGAUAUGACCUCCUUCCCAUAAACUUUGCGUCUAUCAUCUCCUUUCUCUUGUUACCGUAAACCGUGCUCCAAAAGCUUCAAACCAUCUUUAUUUUCCCAAAUAUGCUGUGUUCUCACAUGCCCAUGCUUUUUUUUCCCAUUUAUUUUUAUUAGUUGGAGGCUAAUUACUUUACAAUAUUGUAGUGGUUUUUGCCAUACAUUGACAUGAAUCAGCCAUGGAUUUACAUGUGCUCCCCAUCCCGAUCCCCCCUCCUGCCUCCCUCCCCAUCCCAUCCCUCUGGGUCUUCCCAGUGCACCAGCCCUGAGCACUUGUCUCAUGCAUCCAACCUGGGCUGGCGAUCUGUUUCACCCUUGAUAGUAUACUUGUUUCAAUGCUGUUCUCUCAGAACAUCCCACCCUCACCUUCUCCCACAGAGUCUAAAAGUCUGUUCUGUACAUCUGUGUCUCCUUUUCUGUUUUGCAUAUAGGGUUAUUGUUACCAUCUUUUUAAAUUCCAUAUAUAUGCGUUAGUAUGCUGUAUUGGUCUUUAUCUUUUUGGCAUUUGUUCUGUGGAAAAUGUACCCCCAUCCCUGACUAUUAUACCUCCUCUUUCAAGUGGCAUUGUAAAUGAAGUCUCUUAGGUGAAGCUUUGCUGGGCAUCCCAGCCCAUCCCUGGAUGCUACCUCUUCUGUGCUCCAGGAACACUGCACUAACCUCUAGUGUUUUUUAAUCACUCUGCGUUCCAAGCAUACAUUUCUCUGUCUGUCUCCCAUUAGAAUACGAGCUCUGGAAUCCCAAAAUUUAAAAAAAGUGGGUUGACCAAAUGCAUGGAUUAAAAUGGAAAAAGUAGAUAGAAAGACAUGUAAUGUGCUUCAGUCAUUUGGGGGCUUAGUUAUUAUUGUGGAAAGAUGAUUAUGUUAUGAGAUAAGCUUCAGGCUAAAAAGACAACCCUUCUUUCUAUGUUGGAAUCUUCUGAAGGAGUCAGUACCAGAUCACCCACUCCUUCCAUCCAUUUAUCCUUUCAUCAUAUAUUAUUGCACAAAGUUAUAUUGGACAUCUAAGGUCUGGAUGCAGGAAGAGAUGACUUUCAAAUGUAUUAAAUUUGUAAGUAUAUUAUCUAAUAUGCAUCAUGUUGCAGAUCAAAUGAGUUCUGAUGCAUGAUAUAUUCAGAGUUAAGUUUGAACUGCUAAAAAAAACGUCAAAUUAAAUCAAAUUAAAAAAAAAAUAGAACAACUAAGAAUAAAACCACCAUAUGACCCAGCAAUCGCACUCCUAGGCAUGUACCCGGAGGAAACCAAAAUUGAAAGAGACACAUGUAUCCCAUUGUUCACUGCAGCACUAUUUACAAUAGCUAGAACAUGGAAGCAACCUAGAUGUCCAUCGACAGAUGAAUGGAUAAAGAAUUUGUGGUAUAUAUACACAAUGGAAUAUUACUCAGCCAUAAAAAGGAAUGCAUUUGAGUCAGUUCCAAUGAGGUGGAUGAACCUAGAACCUAUUAUACAGAGUGAAGUGAGCCAGAAAGAGAAAGAUAAAUACCAUAUUCUAACACAUAUAUAUGGAAUCUAGAAAAAUGGUACUGAAGAAUUUACUUACAGGGCAACAGUGGAGAAACAGACAUAGAGAACAGACUUACGGACAUGGGAAGAAGGGAGGAGAGGGUGAGACAUAUGGAAAGAGUAACAUGGAAAGUUAUAUUACCAUAUGUAAAAUAGACAGCCAACGAGAAUUUGCUGCAUGGCUCAGGCAACUCAAACAGGGGCUCUGCAUCAGCCUAGAGGGGUGGGAUGGGGAGGGAGAUGGGAGGGAGGUUCAAAAGGGAGGGGAUAUGUGUAUACCUAUGGGUGAUUCAUGUUGAGGUUUGACAAAAAACAGCAAAAUUCUGUAAAGCAAUUAUCCUUCAAUAAAAAAUAAAUUAAUUAAAAAUAUUUUUAAAAAUAGAACAAAAAAAGUUUGUAUGGAAAGCAGGUUUGGCUGGGUAAGGAAAGAUAGCCAAGACAGAUUCAUCCUGAUUAGACCAAUUGGCAAACAUCUUUCUUUCUUUCUUCUUCUUCUUCUUUUUUUUUUUUUGGUCUAAACUAAUGACAAUUCUUUUUCUGACGAGCAGCACCAAAAAGCAUCCAAAUAUGCUUCCAGCUUUUCAUUUUUAUAAUUUAAAGAUAAUCAAACAGAUUUCUGUGGGACUUUUCCCCCCUUAAUUGCUUCAAUAUGGAAGAUUCUCUGUUGGCAGAUCAAAAUGGCAGAUGGCUUUUAAUGCCCUGCCAUUUUCACUGUAUAAAUAAUUAUGUUCCUUUUCUGCCUGAGAUUCACUGCUGCAGUUUUUCCAACACAGAACACAGUUUAUCUGGAAACCCACCUCCUCCUCAACCUAACAGAAGGAGGAAUAGGUCUUUUUGGUGAAUUAGACAGAUUAUUCUUUCAAGGUUCGCUCUGGUCACUGACUUAACCGUUGGGAUUUCUCAACUCACUAAAAGACCCUAAAUGUUUAUCUCCCACUGAAUUCCCUGGUAGUUUUCCUUUUCUAAAACCAGGAAAUACAUUCCUUUCUCCCUCUCUAUCACCAAGAGAAAAUUAUCCUCUAACGAAAGUGGAAGGAGGGUUGACUCUAAGGAAUGUGAUAAACUACAACCUGAAAAGUCUUUGAUACCAACAAAGAGUGCACACUUAGAUGCCUUGUAUACACAUCAGUUCAGUCCAGUUCAGUUCAGUCGUAUCCACCUCUUUGUGACCCCAUGGACUGCAGCAUGCCAAGCUUCCCUGUCCAUCACCAACUCCUUGCUCAAACUCGUGUCCAUCGAGUCAGUGAUGCCAUCCAACCAUCUCAUCCUCUGUCAUCCCCUUCUCCUCCUGUCUUUAAUCUUUCCCAGCAUCAGGGUCUUCUGAAAUGAAUCAGCUCUUUGCAUCAGGUGACCAAAAAAUUGGCGCUUCAGCAUCAGUCCUUCCAAUGAAUAUUCAGGACUGAUUUCCUUUAGGAUUGACUGGUUUGAUCUCCUUGCUGUCCAAGGGACUCUCAAAAGUCUUCUCCAACACCACAGUUCAAAAGCAUCAAUUCUAUGUGCAUAUACACAUGCACAUGGGCAAUUGUUCCCGUGUUAUUUGUUGUGUUUUGAAUUUUGAAUCUCAGUAUCAGAGAUAUAAUUAAAAGAUCAUAAUCCCCCUUCCUCUGUAGGAUGCAGGCCUUCAUUUACAGGGGAAACAUGAUAGCCAUCUGAGUCUUGGAUCAAACAAUUUUCUGCAUUAAUAUUUUAAGGCUAGUCUCAGAAUUUACCUCACUGUAGCAUUUCCAUCAUUCCAAAAUAUUAAGAAAAUAAUAGAUUUCUUUUUACGUCUUGCAUACUGGUUUGUUUUUGAAGGUGUGUGUGUUUCUGGAAAUGCUAUGGGAAGAGAAGUGCUGAAUAAGUGCCCUAAAUCCUUUGUAGGUCUCUCUGACAUAAAAUUCUUAGCGUUCUAAGAGCAGUUCUUUCAUCUGGGACUUGAGUCUGUAAGGAUUUAGUUAUAGGCUGUGGUGGGGGUCCAUAUAAUUAACUAACCAUGCUGGAGAAAUCUGGUAUUUAAAAAAAAAAGGAACAAAUGUGGCAUGCAAUAAUAUCAGAAUUCUAGGGUCUGCUGUGCACUGGUAAAAAUACAGUGAAACCUAGAGGAGUUUGAAUCCCAGUUUUGUUACUGUGAUCAGUUGCUUCCUUCUUUGUUUCUGAAUUUCUUUUCAUAUAAAAUAAAGGUAAUUAUACUUUCUGAACAUAGUUUAAAAAUUCUUUGGGGUUAAGUAGGUGGAAGUGACAAAGAAUAAGGUUUGCACAUAUUAGCAGCUCAAUAAAUGUUACUUAAUUAAAUCUGACUCACCCAAAAUAACAAAAAAAAAAUGAUGAGAUAGAGACGAUAUUUUCCAGGAACAAAAUCUAUAAUAUCGAUAGAGGCAGUGAUGAUCAAGUGGGGUUCAAAAGUACAAAGUGGGAGAAGAUAGGCAGUCUGGAAAUUGAUGGCAAGCUAUUAAGUCAGUAAAAUCUGACUGUGUGGAAAAGCCAGAUGGAUGCUGAAUGUAAUGAAAGAAACCUCCUUCAACUGUUUACUUUUCUAGCUCACAAAACACUGCUGACCAAAGAUGAGUAAGCAAGGUUCUUGCCUUCAGGGAUGUUACUGUCCAUUGGAGAAAACACACAUUCAAACAGUUGCCAUAGAUUGUGAAAUAGUCAAUAUGAGCAAUGACUACAGGUAGAUAGGUGGCUCGUACAGUGUUUAGAAAGACAAUAAAAGAUGCAGAUAUCAAGUUUACCUUUAAGCUUUAGUCAUCUCAGAAAGUUAAUGCUACAAACUUCAAAAGCAUUAUUUGAAAUUUCUGUUAUUUCAGUCCCUCCCUCAGAUUCAAGGUGUCACAAAUAGUGCCAUCAAAAAUUAAAAUUAUUUUUUCAAAAAUCACAAAUGUAAAUGAGCACCAAAAAAUCUAAAUAACUAGACUUUUCAAUGAUGUCUUUUGUACAAUAAUUCUGUAGCAUGUGUGUUUCUGAAAUUUUCAAAGUUUGAAACUUCACUAAUACUUUUGGGAUGCACUUUAUAUAUAUAUAUUUUUUCAUUAUUCUGGUAGAGCUAUUGCCACAUAUCUAAGGAAAGUAGAGAAAACCCAGAGGAACAUAAUCACAUAAUGUUUAUUCUGCUAGGGACUGCAUCACUGUCUUCAAGUGUGUGGAAGCUUUUAAUGGGGUGGAUGGAUUUAGUUUGUUGUUAAGGUUUGAGCAGAAAGGAUAAAUUAGGUAGCUUUAGGUCAGAAGUGAAUUAAAUAAGAGCAAGGCUUGGCCUAGAUCUUUUACAGUCUCAAGAGAUGGGCUCCAGUAGGAUGCAGACAGUGUCUGUCUUCACAGGCUAAAGUAUUAAUAUCUCUGAUCAAGUUGAUCAGUAGGGGAAUCUUUAGCUUUGGAGCAGAGAGGGACAGAGGAAAAGAAGUGGUAAGGAAGAGUGUCUUAAGAUGCUUUUUAGGGCACUAUUCUCUCACUUUAAGCCAAGCCUCUCUGCUGACAUCAUGAUGAGAGCAGAAAGUACUAAUCCUUUGCUGCAGUGAUUCCUCUUUUCAGAUUGCUAUACCCAUAUAUGGCUUCCCUGGUGGCUCAGAUGGUAAAGAGUCUGCCUGCAGUGUGGGAGACCCAGGUUCGAUCCCUGGGUCGGGAAGAUCCCCUGGAGAAGGAAAUGGCAACCCACUCACUAUUCUUGCCUGGAAAAUCCCAUGGACAGAGGAGUCUGAAAGGCUGUAGUCCAUAGGGUCGCAGAGUCAGACACAACUGAGUUUGCCCAUAUAUUGCCCAUUUUGCCCUGGUUGUUUUUCUUUUGGCUAAUACAAGAUUGGCACCCAGUACAGUUGACGUAUAAAAGGCUGCUUCCCUGUCAUAAUUUUCCAUUUUAAUAUCCUUUGUAUAUAUCCCUCCCUUGGGUGAUAUCAUCAUCAUGGCCCUUACAUUUGCAUCUCCAAACUGGUACCAUGGAGACCAUCAUUAUGAAGAACUUUUACAUUUUGUUAAUGUAAUGACAAAGUAUGCAGAUAAAAAUAGCAUCCAGUUAGGAGUCUAGGUUGUAGACAUAAAAAUUUGAAACCUGAAUUUAUUUACCAUUAAUAGAAAUACUACAGUUUGUACAAGACAUAUACUAGUAAUUAAUGACCUCGUCUGCAAGUUUUUACCUAAGUGGGGGGAAAAAGGAAAGGCAUCCAUGUUUGUGGACAGGGAGAAGAAUAUAAGGUGUCAGGAUGAAAGACCAAGGUGAUUGAAAAACAUUUUCUUACCAUGGGAAAUACCUUACCCAGAACUGAAGGAUGCACCCUUCCUACGUCUGAAGGGUGCACCCUUCCCUGUAGGCAAUUGCAUUUAAGGCUGCAAUGACAUUUCUAAGAAUUCACUUUCCUCUCUUUGCCAAUAUGUUUCUCUUCCUCAUUAGUCUACUGCACAAAGAGGAGAGCUUCCAGAAAAUAAUUGAUAUUUACUGGUCAUCUGCAACAGCCUGGUACUGUGCAAAGUGCCUGUAUGAAUGGAAUCAAAUUUAACCCUCAAAACUAUUAAUUUCCUGGAUGAGAAUAUAGCAACUCAAGACACUUACCUAAUAUGUCUAGAUGUCAUGCAAUUAACAUGUAGAAUAGUCAUGAUUCAAACCCAGAUCUGUUUGACCCCAAACACUGAGAUUUGCUCUUUGGAAGCUUUAUAAAGAAUACUUUGGCCACCUGAUGUGAAGAGCUGACUCAUUAGAAAAGAUUGAAGGCAAAAGAAGAGGGUGGCAGAUGGGGGGGAUGUUUAGAUAGCAUCACUGACUCAAUGGACAUGAAUAUGGACAAACUCCAGGAGACAGAGCAGGAUGGAGGAGCCUGCAGUCCAUGGGGUGGCAAAGAGUUGGACAUGACUUAGUGACUGAACAACAACAAAAACAAUAAAGGAGAAGGAUUUGAGAAAUCUCUUGAUGAAAACUUAAAAAUUGAUAGAACAGUUGUCAUUUUCUGCCUCAUCUUAUUAACCAUGGAAACAAUUGGACACUUCCCUGAAAAUAUGUCCUACAAAAGCUCUUAUUUUUUUUCUUGCAUCACCCAUACAUCUCAGAAAUGUGUAUGUCCAAAUUGAGGGGACCCUCUCAAAGAUGGAUAUAGAGUAGCUGGCUAAUUAAAAUAAUGAGAGAAUUUGUAGCCAAACCUAGGAUACAAAAAUGAUUUCCUACAGAGGUUUUAUUAUUGUUGUCAGUUUGUUUCAUUUUCCAUUUAUUUUUCUAGAGUUGUUUUCCAUGGAGUCCCUGCUUAUAACGGUCCUUUUUGUUAGUAAAGGAUCAGUGACCAGAGUGGACAACAAGAAAGACCAUCACAGGACAUGGUUCUGUCUCCUCUGAUAUGGCCCUCCCUGCAGAAAAACUCAUCCUUCCAUUGGUGCUGAGGUCUAGAUCUAAAGGGGGGAUAUUAUAUGCAUUCAAGCAACAGUAACCACCUAAGUGCCAAGCUAGUCUGGUUAGACAUGCUUCUCGUCUAACUAUACCUACCCCUCACCAGUUCACCAGCUCUGGAGGACCUGGAUUCUGGUGCUAAGUUUUCCAGUUAGAAGGAUUCCUGAGCUCCCUGGAAGCACAACCCAGAGGACAACCAAAGGUUUUUAUUAUUUGGUCCUAAUCGCAACCCCAUGAGGCAUGCUUGGUAUCAACUUGUGUCCUCAUUUUAGAAAUGAACAAGUAAGGCUCUGGCAGGACAAAUGACUCAUUCUAAAGCAUGUGUUUGGAAUAUGCCCAGGAACAGACCUUCAGACCGUUUAUUUUCCACCUCUCAAACUAAUCUUAAAAGCCAUAUGUGAAACAUUUUUUAAAAGUUCUCGAGAUUCUACUGAUGAAUCACGCAGAGACAAUAAACGGUUCAGUCAGC